AUGGCUGCAUCGUCUUCAAUCUCAACAACUUCAUGCAGAACGAAACUUGUUAAAUGUUAUUGUGGUGAUGUGUGCUACGUAGCAGUGUCAAGAACACCAGAUAACCCUGGUAGAAAAUUUUGGGGAUGCCCUAAUUUCAAGGAGUCUUCAAGGUGUCGUUUAUUCAACUGGAUGGAUGAAUGUGGGAACAAAUCUAUCCAGCAAGAAGAUGAAUUGAUGGGUUUGAUGAAGAUUGUUGUAGGGUUGUUAUUGUUUAAUGCAAUAAUGCUUGUAAUUGUUGUCCUAAAAAUUCUUUCUAAUUUGGUAUGUGCAAAGUUGUAA